AUGGGACUUUUAUCAACCAUCAUUCACGCUGACCAGCUCUUCACCGGCAUACCGACAGCUCUUUUAUUGCUACUGGUGAUCCGCUACACCUAUCGUCGUUUCGCGACACCCCUCGCUCAUGCACCUCUUGCAAAGACCAACAAUUUCUGGUUGGCCGCAUUUGGAUUGGUACCACCACCAAGCAACACCACCGACAAGCUAUCAGAAUUCCUUAUCCAGGUUGGCCAAGAUAGACAACAAACGCCUGUCAGCGUUGUAUGGUCCAUCAUGGGAACUCCACUGGUGCUUGUCAAUACGCUCAAAGGCAUCAAGGAUGUGCUUGUCGAAGGCCAAACAAAGCAAAAGAAUAUGAACCCUCCAACCAAUGUGCAACGUGGCAACCUGAUUUGCUUCAUCCAGAACCUUGUAUUUGGAGGCAAGAGCAUCAAUAAUACUAUUGGAGAGGAAUGGAGAUGGCGUAGACACGUUCUUUUACCUCCAUUUCAAUCACGACAACUUGUUCCAAACCUAUUGCCUUACGUAGCAACACGUACCAAAGAGCUAUUGGAUGUCUUUGAGGAAAAUGCCAACCAAAGCACUGCCUUGGAAGUGGAUGAGCUCUUUCAAAAUUUGACAAUGGAUGUUAUCAACUUUUAUCUCUAUGGACGAGGUGAUUUGAAUUAUGAUAUGGUGGGUGGAAGGACCAAUCUCAAGAACGAGCAUCUUAAACUUGGUCUCGGAUUCCAAUCAGUGGAAGCAUGGCUACCUUUCGGCAUCAAUCAUACAAAUUGGGCACAACGUGCUUUUAGACCUUCACGUGAACGACUCAAGGACUUUAUUCGUGAUUCUUUACAAGAUGCAUUGGCAGAAGGUGCCAAGAAGGAAGAUGGCGUCUUUCAAUCCGUGGCAGCCUGUGCGUAUGCAAGUGGCAAAUACGAUGGGAAAUAUGAGGACCUAGUGAACGACAUGUUGUCGUUGACAUUUGCAGGCUAUGAUACCACAGCACAUACACUUGCCUUUUGCUUUUCAGAGCUGGCACGACAUCCUGAUAUCCAAGAACAACUAUUUCAACAAGUCAAUGCUGUUUUAGGCCCUGCACCUGUGGAUCCUGCAAGCAUUACAGCUGACAAGCUUUCUCAAAUACCCUUGUUGACGGCCGUCUAUCGUGAAACCAUGCGAAAGUAUCCAGCUGUAGCUUUCAUCCCUGUGCAUGUCAACCAUGAUACGAUCGUGGAUGGCGUCGUGGUACCCCGUGGUGCCGAGAUUUGGUGCAACUUGCGUGGUUUGCAAAUGAAUCAAGAUGUCUUUCCCAAUCCAGAUGAAUUUAACCCUUUUCGAUGGAUCCGUAACAAUGAUCAUCCGGAUGACAAGCAGCAUGAGUUCCCAGAUCUUUCAUUUACACUUGGACCUCAUUCAUGUCUUGGCAAGAAUUUGGCUAUCCUUGAGCUACGUACCGUCAUUGCUUGCACCAUUAAUCAAUUUACCAUGUCUCUCAAACCGGGUAACAUCAUCGAUACCAAGAUUGUGCUCACUACCAAACCUCGUAACGGUGUUUGGGUGCAUUUUCAAAAACGUAAAUGA